AUGGCAUCCUCCAACAUGCAGGACGAGAUCAAGCCUCCGGCUACGAUUGAGAGCCGCGAUGUGGAAAAGUCGAUGCCCUCAGAAGCAGAGAAGCCUGACGGUGCCCCGAUAGUGGUCUCGGACAAGCUUGCGCGCCAGCUCUCUGCUCGCCAGGUGCAGAUGAUUGCGAUUGCAGGCACGAUUGGGACGGGACUGUUCUUGGGAACGGGCAAAUCUCUGGCUACUGGAGGCCCAGCGUCGAUGUUGAUAUCAUAUUCCAUUGUAGGAGCCAUCGUCUUCAUCACCAUGCUGUCUCUCGGCGAGAUGGCCACUUUUGUACCUAUUGCCGGGUCUUUCUGUACAUAUGCUGGGCGCUUUGUGGAUGAUGCUUUUGGCUUUGCUCUAACCUGGAACUACUGGUUCAAUGAUGCGGUUUCAACAGCGGCAGAUUUGGUCGCGUUACAGCUUCUGCUGAAGUACUGGACGGAUUCCUUUCCGGGAUGGGCGUUCAGUCUCAUAUUUCUCUUCGUUCUGGUCGGACUGAAUAUCGUGUCUGUAAGGGCAUACGGCGAGGUAUAUGGAAUAUCUCCUUAG